UUGCUAUUCAUAUUUAACAAAUUUUACAAUUUGCAUACCUAUAGAUCAGCGUCACGCUAACAAUUUCAGCUUUUUCAUUCAUCGUUCGCCACAAGACAUAAGCGGCAUCCCUGACGCCGCUGCCUGUGUAAAAAAGGGCAAGCAGGUUAAGGUUGAAAGUUCAGGGCUGUCAUCCCAAAGAUGGCAGCUGCUGCUAGUACUAGAAGCUCAAACUAGUUCAUGCAUCUUUUCUUAGUAUAAUGUACGUUUCUGCCAAACUAAAACUCCGGGAAAAUGUCGUAGCUAUCAAAUCCAGGGGUGUGUUAUUCGUCAAGUGUUUUUGUUUUGAUUUUAUUUUGUUUGUUAUUCCAUUCCCUUCUCCGUGUUUUAACUUUCGUUGUCGCUUAUUGCUACAUCAUUUGCUGCUGUUUGUCAGGACAGACCUGUUUUUUUCACGCAGGUUGCCAUGGCAUCACUGAGGGGGAUCUACUUCCUGACCACCCUGUUCCUGGGUAGUUUCUUCGGCAGUGUCUUCAUGCUCGCCCCCUUCCUGCCUCUCAUGCUGGUCUCUCCUGCCUGGUACCGUUGGCUGACAGACCGCAUCGUGGCCACCUGGCUCACUCUCCCCGUGGCUCUCUUGGAGAUAGUGUUUGGUGCGAAGGUGGUGAUAACAGGCGAUGGCUUCAUCCCUGGCGAGCGCAGUGUGAUCAUCAUGAAUCACCGCACGCGCCUCGACUGGAUGUUCCUGUGGAACUGCCUCCUGCGCUACAGCUACCUGCGGCUGGAGAAGAUCUGCCUCAAGGCCACACUCAAGGCAGUCCCUGGAUUUGGCUGGGCCAUGCAGGUCGCCUCCUUCAUCUUUAUUCACAGGAAAUGGGAGGACGACCAGCGCCACGUAGAGGCCAUGCUGGAGUACUUCUGCGCCAUCCGAGAACCCCUGCAGCUGCUCAUCUUCCCUGAGGGCACCGACCUGACAGAUAACACUCGGGCACGCAGCGAUGUCUUUGCAGAGAAGAACGGGCUGCAGAAGUACAAGUAUGUGUUGCACCCCCGGACCACUGGCUUCACCUUCAUCGUAGAGAGCCUGCGGAAAGGCGAUAACCUAGACGCUGUCCACGACAUCACAGUGGCUUACCCCCAGAACAUCCCCCAGACAGAGCGCCACCUGGUGACAGGGCACUUCCCCCGCGAGAUCCACUUCCACGUGCAGCGUUACCCGGUGAAGGCUCUGCCCGAGGGCACGGCGGAGCUGCAGGACUGGUGCCAGGAGCGCUGGCAGGAGAAGGAGCAGCGCCUGAGGGACUUCUACACCGGAGGGCACUGUUUCGACACCUCCGGCCGCAGCCGCAUUCCGCCCUGCAAGUCUGAGCUUCGGGUGAUGCUCAUCAAGGUGGCCUCGCUGGUGUACUGGACCGGCUUCAUCGCGCUCUCCUUCGCGGCACUCUACUGCUCCAGCCUGCUGCGCUACUACCUGCUGCUCGUCACAGUGUUCUUUCUGGCUCAGGAGAGAGUGGUGGGGGGUCUGGAGGUGAUGGAGCUGGCCUGCCAUCGCCGGAGGAAGACUACCAGAGAAACGGCAGCUAACGAGACAGAGAAGUGCAAGUGAGGAGGAGGAGGAGGAAUCGUACAACAAACAGACACUCCCAGGAACAGCAAUUCAAUCAGAGGUACCCGCAGGCGAGCAGUGAGGCGGCUGCUUGAUCGCCAACUCCUCCACCACGCUUAGAAUUACACCGGGCACUCUGAGGAGAAUGAGGAGUGAAAAUAGGAAUGCCCGUGCUAUCAUCCAUGAGUUUAGCAGGACCCAGACUGAGCUCGUUUAUUACAGUCAUGUUUUUUCUGGUUUUUUUUUUUGUUUAAAAUGUGCCAGUGGUUUUAAAUGUGUCAGUGGUAGGUUUGUGUUGUGGAGACAAGGAAUAGAGCCAUACUUACAUACAUACACACACAUGCACGCAUACAUUUUCAAAUUUCUGCUUUCACUCAUGCUGUUAAACAUAAAUUAGGCAGCCGGGUGGAAAUGUUUAAUUCUGCAACAGGUGUGGAGGUUUUAGUACUUUUCGAUUUCUUCUUUGCUUCUGGCCUGCAGCUGACCAGUUGCUUCCGGGGUGGAGAUAUCCAAGCUAAAGAAAAUGACAGCAAUCUUACCUGAUCUCUCCUCCCCACUCAACCAUGGCUUGUCAUCAGCUCAGCUGGUCAGAAAUGACUUAUAAACUCAAAGUGGCGAGGCUAGUUGGUGUUGUAUAAUUAACAUAAACCUAGUCAAAUACAUUGCUCUAACAAGUGAGUGAUUUAGUAUGGUAUUUUUGUGAACCCAAAAAAAAAAAAUGUUGGAAAGGAGCAAGCCAAGUUUACGCCACCUCGCCUUUGCCUUCGUCCCCAUGCCCAGCCUCUUAUUAGCGCAGAGAAAGUACUUCAAGCUUGACUAGCCAACCACACUUCAUUCCCCUUCCCACACUGGCUAUCAGGUGGGGCUGAAACACAAUGCAACUGUAGCCAAUGACAAAGACCAGCCCUCCUGUCCGAUUGGGCAGCUGGAACCGUAGCGUACUUGCACAGGGAACAGUGCCAGUUGGGGAGGGUCUGCUCUCAGGACUCUGGCUACCUUCCAUCCACCACCCUGGAACCCUCUGUGUCACAGUCCUGUCCUCUAACCUCACUCUACAUCCUCCACACACAGUAAGACUCCCUCUGAGAAACACUGCCGCCAUCCUGCCUCCAGAGCUGUAGACCUUAAUGGGAUCUCAUGCUGGUUAAACAAGAAAGAAUUGAAUUGAAUGUUGUUGAAAAAUGCAGCGAGAUCAGUUAGAAUCUGACCAGCCCUCUCUCUCCUUUAAAUGGCCCAGUUUACCUGUCUUCUACUAAGUAGGUGAUUUUUCUUCAGAGCAAGUACAGCCUCGUUUAAGUGCCCCCAUUAACCAUGGCUGUGAAAACAGCCAUUAUAUCUAAACAUUUCUGUAUUUAAAUAUGUUAGGUGGAUCAAUAGAUGGAUGCCAAGUUUAAAAGGAAAUGGUGGGUAGGGCGGUAGUGCUUGUACUAAUUGAUCCCAUCACAUUUUAAUUUAAAAUCCCAUUGCAAUCAAAAGUAGAAAUGUACAGUACACCUUAUAAAGGGUAGCUGUAUAUUCCGGUGUUUUGUAACCUUCUAAAGGUGUCGCUAACAUGUAAAGGUACAGAUAAUCGGAACUGAAAUGAAUCGGAAGAGAGCAAAAGUGAAGAGACCCACAACAGCCAGGCUUACUGUGUAUUACAAUGUUAAUGUAAUAUAUAGUAGACCCUGAUAUUUAUGUGAUACAGCCAUCUGAAUGAAUUUGUAUCAGAUUGAAAUGAUGUUACAUUAGAAGUAGCUGUACUGUUUUUUCUUAUUUAACUAUAAUAUUAUAAGGUGUAUUACAGGGUGCUGUGUGAGAUACAAGCUGAUUGUCACCCACUCAAGGUCAGGGUGGCCAGUAAGCCCACAUGUGGCAAAGCCACUGGAGUGGGUAUCGACAUGUGUCAUACAGCACCCUAUACCAUAUUAAAUAUGUAACACACAUUAAAACAAUGCACACAGAUGUUAUUAUGAAGUCAGAGGGAAUGUUGUAGGAAACCAAGCAGCUCCUUUGGAAUUCCUGUGAAUUUUUAAAGCCAUUAUUUUAAAUAGUUAGCAUGAGCUUUUGCAAAGUACAAAAUGCAUUUUAUUUUUUUUAGCAGCCUCUGUUUUAGAUUCGCAAAAAUGCGACAAGUCACGCAGUUUGGGGUUGUUCUUGUGUGUUUGCUGACUCAUUUUCAGUGGUUCAGGUCGGCUCUCUGAUUUGUGACGUGUUAAACAUGUUUGUGUCUUCACAGUGAUGUGCUGGUAUCAAUGAAUCUGAGGUUUGUAGUAAAGUCUCGGCUCAUACUGUAUGCAUUAUUCCGUGGGAGAAAAAAAAUAACUAAUUGUGUAAAAAAUUCAAUGUAAAUGCACUGCAGAAUGUAAUAAUAAUAAGCAGGGGUUCAGAUAUCGCUUCUCCUAACUACCCUCGUGGGUGUUUAUUGCGCAUGACAUACUGUUUCAGUUCAAAUAAAUGGUGGUCCACCGUCACAGUUUUUAUUGCAUGAAGUUUCUGAAACGCUUUUCUUUUAUCUUCAUAAAAUCAAAACUGAAAAUCGUAACAUUAUUGGCAUCCUUGAGCUAUGAAUACUCCUGUUUGCAUUAGAUUUUAAAACCUCGGGGGAAAAAACAAUUGCUGGGUGGAGGUCCAGCUCCGAAUCAAUCUGUUUUAAACAUGCUUGUUUGUACUGUACAGUCUGUGUGUAUGUUAAUUAAGUUGCAAACUGUCUCCUUCUGUAAAUCACUGCUGAAUCACUCUCUGAGAUUAAAUGUAAUUGUUUUAAGCUG